GCAAUGUGAUGGCGACCGAUGAACCAGAUCUUGAAAACCUCUGCACGUGCUCGUAUUUGAGUUCGAGCUACAUAUUUUCCUUGCACUCUAGACGGUACCCUUCCUCACAGUCUGCUCCAACGUAUCCGGGCAAGAACCAGCUCCCAGGUCUCCGGAACUUACGGAUCAGCAAAAGCCAUAGAAACAGCCCACGCACACAAGCCCACUCGGCCUCGCCUCAGUCAACCUUUCAGAUGAACACAUGGAACGGCCUAGGACAUGUCUGACCCUGCGCUCCCGAGAAUCAGGGUGACCGAUGCUCAGAAGGCCGAGGGGGGCACAUCACCUGUUGACACCCCGUCAACCACCACGGAAGGCGGACAAUCAGCUCGUCCGAGAAGCGCGACAUCCUCAGAAGGCAACGCACAAUCCAAUGGCAAGAAAUCACCAAUCAACUUGAUAAGGAAUACUUCGAGCAAAGAUGCCAGCGGUACAAAGACUACAGUGGGUCCCGGGCGGCCCUCAACUGCCAUUGACCCUCUUUCCCAUCACAUCCUUAAGAGGACCAACACCGAGAAUACCAUACCUCAAAAACUACGGAAUAGCGGGGGCCCGGAAAGUCCAAAUGCUGACAUUGGAAGCCCAACAAGCCCUGAUAUUGCGCCCCCAGGGAGACAACUAACACCCGAAAUCUCUCGAAGUGAUAGUAAUCUUGCGAAGGAGAAGAAGAAAGGUGUCUCGUUCCUUAGUAGGUUCUCCAUCAUCGGUGGGAAGAAGAAGGAUCAAUCGCCAGAUAUCGACGAUGAUGAAUCGGAGGCGGGUGAAAGGAGAGACGAAGGCAUGAACGCCGCUGUGUUCUCUUCUUCAAUCGGUGCGAAUGGGUUUAUCCCGCAACACAAGGAACCGCCUCGAUAUAUCAAAGUGCGGGCUCAUAAUAAGAAGGAACGGGAGUUCAAUCGCAUGUUCUUGGCGCAGGAGUUGAGCGGGACAAAACAUAAAGCAAGUGAUGAGAAAGUUCCGGGUUUGACUACCACGGAAAUAAAUGCAAGCAGCGCACACAAGUUAUCGAAGUUGCCGAAGACGAGCGGAGCAGUGUGGUCAAUAGAACUCAGCAAGGAUGGCAGGUAUCUUGCGGCAGCUGGCAGAGAUCAGGUUGUCAGAGUGUGGGCCGUCAUCUCGACACCGGAGGAAAGGCAUACACACGAGCAUGAAGAAGACAUAUCUUCGAAUACUUCUGGAGUCGAACGAUUGAGCGCACCCGUAUUCAGAUCUAAGCCCGUACGAGAGUUUGAAGGGCACACGGGCGAUAUAUUAGACCUAAGUUGGAGCAAGAACAAUUUCUUACUGUCAUCCUCUAUGGAUAAAACAGUUCGUUUAUGGCACAUUUCAAGGCAAGAAUGCCUGUGCACCUUUCGACAUAAAGAUUUUGUUACAUCCAUAGCCUUUCACCCCACCGACGAUAGGUUCUUUCUCGCUGGGAGUCUGGAUAGCAUAUUACGAUUAUGGUCUAUUCCUGACAAAAGUGUAGCGUUCUGGAAUCAAUUACCAGACCUCAUUACAGCUGUUGCCUUCUCCCCGGAUGGCAAGACCGCAAUGGCCGGAGUCCUUAGCGGACUCUGUUUGUUUUAUGAGACCGAGGGUUUGAAGUAUCAUACUCAGAUCCAUGUUCGAUCCUCACGAGGGAAGAAUGCCAAGGGCAGCAAAAUCACCGGAAUCCGGACGACAACCUUUCCCCCAGAUGACCCGGAAGGAGAAGUCAAGUUACUCAUUACGAGCAAUGAUUCGCGGGUCAGGUUAUACAACCUGAGGGACAAAUCACUGGAAAUGAAAUUUAGGGGACAUGAAAAUACCUGCAGUCAGAUCAAUGCUAGCUUCAGUGACGACGCUCGAUAUGUCAUUUGCGGCAGUGAAGAUCGCAAAGCAUACAUCUGGGAUACGAGUAGCUUGACCGAUGCUGAGAAUAAAGACAAAGUGGGCGUCGAGGUUUUUCAGGCCCAUUCAGAUAUGGUUACAGCUGCCGUUAUUGCCCCCUUGAAGACCCGUCAACUACUAAGCGGUUCCCUUGAUCCAAUCUACGAUCUCUGCAAUCCCCCUCCUGUAACGUUGUUAUCAAGGGAAGAGUCCACUGCGUCUUCGAUGCCUGCUAUCGGUUCGGAAAAGCGGCACUCAGAUCCCGUCAGCGAGCCUCAUAUCAAAAAGCCUGAAGAGUCGCCUGCGUAUCUCGCAAGAUCGUCACAUAACGAUGGCUUGAUUCUUGUCACUGCGGAUUACCUAGGAAACAUCAAGGUCUUCAGAUGUGACUGCGCUUCAAAGCGCCGAUUGGAGUCUUGGGAGACAGGUUCGACUUUCUCCAAGAAGAUGCUUGGAAGGUCAAAUAGUAUCAUGACUCGCACUUCAGGAGGGUCCCAUUCUCGAAGAAACUCGCUCUCGCAAAAUUCUCUAGCUGGACCACCUACUGCUUCGGAUCAUAUCCUGUCCUGGCGGAAUAAUGUCACGACGAAGGAUGACGGCAGCAUCAGAAGUCUAACGAAUAAAGCACCUCGAAGCGAUCGAAGCAUAUCUCCAGGGAAAUUCAGCAGGACUUCCUUCCAAUCGCCAUCUUCCUCAUCACAAAAUAAUCUUGCUAGCGCAGCUCGACAACAACCAUACUCGUCUACACCAUUGAUAUACGGAGCAUCGAGUGUGUCAACGACCAGUCCACCACCAAGCAUUCACAAAGUAACGAGUGCAGAGAGAAGUCAACCACCAACUCCAAGCUUCAGUAUUCGUCGGAAUAGCGGCAGCGACGACAACCCCUUGCGGAUUGAUGCUUCAGGAAAGAGCUACCAGUUCUGGAAUGUAGCAGCUUGGAAGAAGGAAGUCAAUCCAGCGCGUGACCCUGGCAAACUCGAUCCAGCAGAUAGACCACCGAUGGACCGGCUAGGCAGCGUCGUCAGUAAACUGAGUUCAGAUGAAGGGUCUCCUGAGCUAGAGGAAGAGGAUAGCGAUGGAGAAGCAUUGUCUUGCAAGCGGUGUGGAGGGAAAGAUUUCAGGGCGCGGAGGGUAGCUGGGAAGGGCCGGAAACUUGUGUGUAAAGCUUGCGGGACAACGGUCGAUUAAAUUAGAUGAGUUACGAAACUUGGAUGGGGAAUGGAAUUUUGUAUAUAUAACAGUGACGUUGAAGGACGUUGGUUAAAGACGCUUGAUGAGCGCCUGAUAUCCCGAGAAACGAUGAAUUCAGAGUUAAGAGAAACCGAAUUCAAGCAGAUCCCUCUCUCUUUCCCUAUCUCUCUGAGCAAACACA